CAACACAAUUAAAAAAAAAAACUCAAAAAUCUCUGCUAAUUCUUGUUUCGCCGGAGCCGGAGAGAGAGAGGUCGUAACUAACUGUUCGAUUCGCCGGAGACGGAGAGAACAAACGCAGGCGAGGUUGAAGAAGAACUCGAUCAGUAACAACAUCGCGGCUUCUCAGGAAGAUGAGUAAUACUAAGAAGCGAUCUUUAGUCUUCGCCAUUCGAGACUUCCCACCGGGUUGUGGAACUCAUAUUGAUGUUUCGUCGAGGUUUAAUCUUGCAGCUGACAAGUCCUUCAAGAAUCAAAGAACUGGUGAUGUUUCUGGCGAGAAGAAUCUGAGUUUUGCAGCUCCUAAACCGGAAGGAACUUGUCUCAAACGAGAAUCAGCUGAUCAUGAAGACCAUAUCGUUGCAGCUCCUGAACCUAAGGGAGAACCAGCAGACAAGUAUCAUAUUGUUGCAGCUCCUGAACCCAAGGGAGAACCGGCUGAGCAGGAUCAUAUCGUUGCAGCUCCUGAACCUAAGGCCAAGCGAGAACUAGCUAAUCAGGAUCAUGUUGUUGCAGCUCCUACAGUACCUUAUGCAACUUCAUCUCACAGACAAGAACUAGAGAUCAGAAACUCUGCUUGUGAUCCUACUCCUCGUGAGAAAGUGCUCGAGGUAUUGAGUCUUUUCAAACAAGUAUACAGCCAGUUGGAUCGAGAUAAAAAAGCAAGACGCUGUGGAGAUUUUUUGGAUGCAACAAGCAGAAUCGACCUCAAAACACUAACUGUCUUAGAGAGGAUGGGUAAACAAGUGAACACAGAGAAGAGAAUCGGAUCAGUUCCCGGAAUAGAAGUUGGGGAUGUGUUUCAGUACAAAACUGAACUCCGUCUCGUCGGGCUCCAUUCCAAGACGAUGUGCGGUAUCGAUUACCUGAAAAUCGGAGAUGAUAGACUCGCGACAAGCAUAGUAGCAUCAGAAGGGUAUGGAUACAAUGAUACAUUCAAGUCUGGUGUGAUGAUUUAUACAGGUGAAGGAGGUAACGUGAUCAGCAAGGAUAAGAAGACUGAAGAUCAGAAAUUGGUCAAAGGGAAUUUAGCAUUGGCUACUAGUAUGAGGCAGAAGAAGAAAGUGAGAGUGAUUCGUGGAGAAGAGAGAUGGGAUCAUAAAGGGAAACGAUAUGUGUACGAUGGUUUGUAUAUGGUUGAAGAAUAUUGGCCUGAGAGAGAGGUUAGAGGAAAAACUGUGUAUAAGUUCAAGCUUUGUAGAAUUCCUGGUCAACCUUCGUUGACUUGAUAUGAGUAUUGUAAAGAUAAAUGAAAAUAAAAAUCGAUGAUGAUC